GUUUUAGUUUAAAGCCAUUCCCCCUUGUCCUGUCGCUAUCUGCUCCUGUAAGAAGUCCCUUGUCCUGCAGGGAGGAGGGAGGUGUUAAGGUACAAGAACAGGGCUCGCUGCUGCUUGGGGGCUGGCGGAAGUGGUUGGGGGAAGGCUGUGAGCAGAGCUGAGUGCUGCUCAUCUCCAAACUGCCCUGGGGGGAGAGGCAGGAUGAGAAAUACCAAACAGAUGAAACCCACCACUAACUUGCUGUUACGAUAAGAAAGAGGAAUGAAACACAUGACGGGUGGAUUUGAGUAAACGUGGGCUUCCCAGCUGCACAUAUUUCCCCUUGUGCUUUCGCACCUCUCUUGUGGGUGCAGCAGCUUUCUGCAAGCAGCCUGACCCCUCUGCACACAUUUGAGGCUGCACGUCCCCCUGUUAGUCUCCAACCCGCAGCAAGGUGCCCCUGCUUCUGGAGCUCGGUGGUUUGCUCUGCAAAGUGUGAUGGCCACAGAUGGAAAACUCAGAAGCGGAGCAGCACGGUGUGAACCCUCGCUCUCCCUCGUGCUGCUUUCUGGAACCAAACCAUGAUGUUUCCUACAGGGCGGAAGGCAUGGAAAGAUACUGUCAGGGCUUUUACACCCCCAGGCUGAUGAGAAAGCACUUUGCCUCCACUGGGAAACCAUUUUUCUUAUUCUCUCCUUUCCAGAAACGUGCCUGUUUUAGAGCUGGCUACAGCAAAGACUACGUGUUAUGGCUGUAGCCUUGCUGGCCCAUACCUGGCUGGCGCCCUUCUCCCUCCCGAAAAGGCACGAGGUAUGCAGGAGAUGACCCAUGCCCUCCAUGGGAUCGGUCUGACCUGUUUUUCUGGCCCCUUCCCUUUUCACGCCGCUCUCAGACUCCAGCUGUCGAUACUAUAAAUGGUUUUGUCAGUGUGCGGGGAGGAGGGACAGGGGAAAUGGGAGCAGGGUUGCAACAGCACCGCAUGGUCCUUGACAGAGAGCACAGAGGGGUUCAAAGGAGCAGGCAACACGUGUGGCUGUGUCUGGCCCUGCCUCAGCAGAAGGCAUUUUUAGCCCGUCAGCUGCCUGGUUUCCUCUGCUGCUUCCCUGUAGCUCUGGAGUAUUUUGGACUGCGCUGUGGAGUAUUUUGGGGGACGUGGUAGGGAGUGCAGGCAUCUUGAAAAUGUAUCUGGGGGGGGGGGGGAAGGCAGGCAGCAAACCCCUUUUGCAGCGCUUACGGAGGGAGGUGGGCUCUGCGGGUUUUUCUGUUUCGCUUUCUUUGAGAAAGGCUGAUGCUGGAGCUCAGGUUGAACUGUAGCGCUGCAGGGCUGACUUGUGCACAGAGCAGUGUUUCCGAGGACCCUUCAACCUUGCCAGAGCUGUGGAGUGCCUGCACGUAACUCACCAGGCUCAGGGAGCGUGGCUGCACCCCUCAGCAGUGCCAGCUUUGGGGAGCAGGGAAUGGCAAGUGUGAAGGAGAUGCUUCCCCACGUUGUGUUGCCUUUUGGCCUCUCUUAGAACCCCCUCCCCCCCAGGCAAAAGCUUAUCAUUUUCUGCAAAGCAUGGGAAACCUUGAGCCUCGCAGCGCUCCAGUUACACAGUGGCAGGUCAGAAUGAAACCUUGUGUGUCCAUCCUGGCUCAUUUUGAGUAAAAUCAGUUCUAUAAACUCAGGAUUUUUGGUAGAAAAGUCCCAGAGAGCUGUCAGGCUGCUCCUAAAGGGGGGGUUGCCGGGGAAGCAACUCUCCAGCCCCGCUGUUUGUGACUAUAGAAGCUGGUGUCUUUGUGUCACAUCGUGUGCAAAGUCAUGGGAGAAGGAAAACCUAAUCACUUAGUGGCCGUCCAUAGGCGUACUAACUCCUUCCAGACAUCUCAACUUGGGAAUUUAUAGAGCCUCUAAAAAUACAGCUUGGCUUCUUGCAGCAGCACUGGGGAGGCAGAGUGGGGAUGCAGAGUGGGAUUGCUCGGUUCCUUCUUCCUGGAACAGAGUGGAUGCAGGGCUUGGACUGAAUCACAUUCCCUGCCCUGAAAGGAAAGCUGUCGGCGCGCCUGUGCUGCUCGUCACGCAUCCUGUGUGCAGCAGCAGGAUCAAUGUCAGCGAGCGGAGCUGGCUGCGAUACUUCCCGAAGCAAGGUGUGAGCAGUGCCUGAGCUGUGUCCGGGUUGCUCAGCCCUGACUCACGGUCAUGCUGUGAAACAGGUAGAGAGGCCGGGGCUCCCCGUGAAUCCCGCGUGUGAGUCAUGCAUGGCUUUUGGUCGUGUGUCAGAACCAAACCCAGUCGGUGCGACGGAGGCGGUGACGUGCCACGAGGCCGCGGUGUGUUCAGUCAGCUCCAGAAGGAACAGAUAACACCUGACAGGCGAGGGAAGCAAGGUCUGGUUGGAAAAGGAAGGAACUGCUGAAGGAUCCGUUAAGUGUGUGUGAUUCCGGCCAGAGUGAGCUCAUUGUCAGACCUGCAAGUGUGGUGCUUUUCCUCCUGGCUGCGUCAGUGCCAUUCCCAAAGGAUAGAGGACCCCUGAUUGCUUUCUCUUUCUGUUUUAUUCAGGCCUCGUUUCGGUUCUUUAUUUGAAAAUGCCGUCAUCAGUGCAGAUUUGAACAAUCCCUUCCAUUUAAGGACAGCUCUGGAGUUCAAGAAGUGUCUGGACAUCGCCCUCAGACACGUGGUCUGAUUUUUGGGUGGUCCUGUGUGGAGCCAGGGGUUGGGCUCCAUGACCCAUAAGGGUCCCUUCCAACUUGGGAUAUCCUGUGAUUCUACUAACACAGUUCUCUCUGAGCACCAAGGAGUCCUACUCCCACAAAGCCUUGCUCUGAGCUGUGCAAACCAGCCUCACAGCAUUUGGGCUGUGGUUACUGGUGGCUCCAGUGGCCUUUCCGCUUCUCCCAGCAAUGCGGUGGGGUGCAGCACAGCUGAGUCAGCCCCCGAGCUGGGAAUGAAGCGACCGUGAUGAGAUUGCUUAUAAUGAGCCCACACACCCACACUGCUUCCAUAGCUGGAGCGCUGCGAGCAUCUGCUUGGAGAUAAGGGCUGCAGGCUUGCUUCUUCCCAUGCCCACAGCCGCGGCUUGAGCUCUUGGCUCCUGGAUCCAUAGGUCCUUUGGCUCUUGCUCAAAGCACAACGUGCCCACGCUGUGCCGAGGGAGCUCAGCCUGCUUCACCCUGGUCAUUAGGAUGGGUCUCAUCUGGAGCAUCUCCCUGGUCCUUUCCCUCCUCCUCCAUUACCUCACCCUUCAUGCAUCCCUGCGAGAUGCACUGGGCUCUCUCCCGCUCCCUCAUUUUUUAUUACUAUUAUUCUUCAGUCUGCCUUGGCAUUCCUCCUCUUGCCGGCAAAGCACAAAGCUGCUCUUUCUCCUAUUCAUUCCUCCGGCCUCGGGUUAGCAUUUCAAUUGACAAUCCUGCCAUUGAUUUGUGUGCUGACGGUUGGCUUUACAUUAAAUGCCAGGCGGAGAGAUUUAACAGAUUUAGCAGGGCUCUGGAAACCUGCCCGGUGAUUUUUCAAGCUCUGGGCUCGCUUUGCGUUGUCCCCUUCUUUGGGGACGUGCUGCGGGCACCACACUUUGCCCUUAGCCUUUGGAUGCCCUCAGCUUCGUUGUCCUCGCUCUCAGAGCCACUUAUACCCCAAACCAUGCAUGGGACAGCAGGGCUGCUCCCCCCCAACCCCUCGCCAUGAACCUGCUGGUCGCAAACGAGAUCAAACCCCAGCACUUUGGGGCUGAAUGCACCCCAGCACCUGCUCAUGGAAGCUCCUUUCCAAAGCUCCCUUCCAGCCCAAAUCAGUGCUCAAGAGUCUGGGCCGUGGCUCGCAGUGCUGUUUAUUCCCAGCUUGGUGAUUCAGUGCAGCCCCUGGGGAGCAGUAGGAUAAAUAACGUGUUGGCGCCAACCAAAUUAUUGUUUUGGGUUUAUUUGUUUCCGGCUGCUUGAGGAGAAGCGCGUCCUUGCUAGGAAGCAGGUUGGCACAGUGCUCGGGGCUGACCAGAGCUUGUGAAAGAGAAACUGCUGGGGGAAAAAAAAAACAAAAAAAAACCCCUCAAAGCAAAACUAAAGGUAUCGUGAUUGCGGAGGCAUAUGUGUGCAGAAGGGCAAAGCGGGGGAGAAAAUUGGGGAACAGCAAGUGUUCUCAUGGCUUAGCAGCUGACACGAGGCUGGAGGUUUGUAGGAAAGUACAAAGUAGGCUGAAGUGCAACCAGGGCUGCCUGCAGCCUGCUGGGGAGGUGUACAGCUGGAUGUGGAAGGCUUCCUGCUUGUGGGGUCCUGAGUGCUGAAGCCCCCACCCCGCCGCCACCCUAUGUGUCAGUGUUUGUCCUGUUUGCAAAGAGGUGGGCUGGAGGGCUGUGUGGGUUUCUUUGCUGCGUGUCUCUUGCUCAUCUCUGUGGGGCUGAGUCCCAGCCAGCUGCUUACCCUACAGCUGUGAGCUCACCCCAUUCCUUGCCCCGUGGAGAUGUGUGAGGAGCAUGUGGGAUCAGAGUGAAAAGCCUCAAAUAUUCGUCUCUGCAGAAUCUUGGCAGGAGCCCCUGCACUGUGUGCUCGGGGCUGAGAAAGCACUGGGCUGCAUGAAGAUUGUCCUCUGCCUGUCCUGCCAAGUGGCCCUAUAAAUAGAGAGGGACACGUGCCACUGAUUAAUUGCCUGUCUGUGCAGGCAGCCAGCUCCUAGGGCAGACACAACCUUUGUCUGCACGCUGGGAGCAGCAGCUCUUGUUGGAGAGGCCCUCCUCUAUGGAAAAGGGAAAAGAGAGAGAGAGAUGGAAAGGGAGCGUCCCGCUGCACUGUGCAAAGGUGAGAGGGAGUACACAUUUCCCAGGAAUGAGAAGUACCCGGUGUUCUAUCAUGAAACAAACAGCUCAAGCAUCUACGUCGGGGGAGAGGGAGUGCUUUACUACUAUAACUUUGCAACCUAUGAUACCUACCAGGUAGAGUUCCCUGUGGAAAAUGGAGCACACUGUUUGAAGCCUGGGAGUCCGGAGGACAAUAAAAAUUUCAUCACUUUAAUAGCAAAGCAUGGAAAUAAGAUGUUAGUGUGUGGGACUGGCGCUUGCAAUCCCACCUGCUGGCACUUGACAGAGAAGGAGAAGGAUUUUCCUCAGGAUGGCAGAGGUCUUGCUCCUUUCACUCCAGAUGCAAAUUCCCUCGUCAUCGUUGACUAUCCUAACAUCUACUCCACCAUCAAGAAAAGCCAGCAGAAUGGCAAGAUACCCCGUUUCCGACGAGUGAAAGGGGAUGGAGAGCUCUACACAAGUGACACGGUGAUGCAGAACCCCCAGUUUGUCAAAGCCACCACAUUAAGGCAUGAAGAGCCUUACCAGGACAAGAUUUACUACUUCUUCCGCGAAGACAAUCCAGAUAAGAGUCCUGAGGCACCCAGAAACAUCUCCAGAGUGGCCCAGCUAUGUAAGGAAGACAAAGGUGGAACCAGUUCUCUCUCUGCUUCCAAGUGGACCACCUUCCUGAAGGCCAGCUUGAUUUGUGUCGACCCGGCCACCAAGGGCAACUUCAACUGGCUGCAGGAUGUCUUCUUUGUCCCUGCAAGUAACUGGAGGAACUCCAAAGUCUAUGGACUCUUCACAAACACCUGGGGAAGCUCUGCUGUUUGUGUCUAUUCUUUUGGGGACAUUGACAAUGUGUUUCGGACAUCCAAGCUCAAAGGCUAUAAUGGUCCCAACCCAGAGAUCAAGCCUGGGCAGUGUGUUCCCUCUGGACAGCACACCCCAAGUGAGACCUUCAAGAUAGCCGACAGCCACCCAGAGGUAGAGGACCGGGUGGAACCCCUGGCUCCCACCAGGAGCCCCUUAUUCCACAACAAGCACCGCUACCAGAAGAUUGGGGUGCACGAGGUCUCUGCAAGUGAUGGACACCAGUACACCGUGCUUUAUCUGGCAACAGACAAAGGAUCCAUCCACAAGGUUGUGGAGCUGCCAGGAGGAGUGCAUAACAUCAUGGAGCUCCAGGUCUUCUCAAAGAGGGACCCGAUCCAGUCCAUGAUCCUGGACCAUGAGAGGGCGAUGCUGUACGUGGGCUCAACGAGGAAGGUGGUGGAGAUCCCCAUGGACAUGUGCGGGGCGUACCGCAACAACUGCGAGAGCUGCCUGCUGGCCAGGGACCCGUACUGCGGCUGGUCCGACGGGCGCUGCCAGUCGGUCUAUCGAAACCGGGCUGUGCUUCAGAACCUGAACCUGGAGCCGUGGCGAGGAAAGUGCCAAAGGGGUGAAGUUAAGGAAGCAGACACCUACCAGAACGUCACCGUCGUCCCCGUCGUCCCUUUCUCUCGCUACUACCUCAACUGUCCCGUGGAGUCCCACUACGCCACCUACAACUGGUACCACAACAACACCCUCAUCAAGACCUGCAACAACACCCACCCGCAGCCGGACUGCUUCUACUUCAUCCAGAACGUGAGCCACGCUCACUACGGCCACUACAUCUGCGUCUCGGAGGAGGAUGGCUUCAGGCAGGCUCUCGUGAAGGAGCACCUGGUGAACCAGCUCAGGUUCAUGUCACAGAAGGGCCAGGCCACCAUGACGUUUGCCUCCUGGCUGCAGCUGCUGCUCAUGGUGGUGUUGGUGGAACUCUUCCACUGAGCGCGACGCGGCCGCGUGCCCACCUUCCCGGCUGCUGCCGCUCUUCCUGCACUUAACGUGAGGCGAGACCCUUGCUCUCAGUUGCUCCUUGGGCACUAACCUUUGACUGUCCCCAGCGGGGUGCCGGCUCUGUGGGCAGCAACUCUUCCAUCUUUGGCCUCGGUGAAAGAGUCGGCGUGAGGAAGAGGCAGCUACGGGGCCAGAUGGAGCAGAGCUUGAGGCCGGGGGUGUCCUAUCACACGGGGGACGUUUGCUGUACCCACAGGUGCGGAAGGACUUCAGCCUGUCCCCAGGCACACGCUGGUAGCUCCAUUCCAGUGGUCCUGAGCACGCACCAGGUGCAGACUUUGUUCAGGGGACUAUGCAGAUGUGCAUGCACUGAUCCUCAGGGCGCGACGGCUCCUCUUUUUGGGAACGUGCAUGUGAUGAAGAGGAGGAGCCAGCCCUUGGCCUUUCAAACCGGUUGGCCUGUGCUUCUCUCCAGGGUGUUAGUGGCUAAGAACCGGCCGAGGUGGCGAGCAGCUGGGACGUUCCCAGCGUCACCUGUGGGUCCCGUUCUGCUCUGGAAGGGUUUUGUUGUUUGUUCAGAGGGCUGUGACGUGGGAGGGCGACCGGGAGCUAGCACUGGCAACCUGCAGGGAAGGGCAGGCACUAAGUUAGCGUUUUGCAUGGAACAGACUUGGAGGAUGACUUAGCUAUAGAUUCGGGGUGUGGGGGAGGACAGACCAAAGGGCCCUAAGAUUUCCUAGAGACUGGCAGGAGAGGUGGAAGCCCCAGGAGGCCCUGGGGAGACGUUAAACGCACAAAUCCGCGCAGGCAGCUAGGGGCAUCGCUCUGCGGGCAGCCCUGCUCCCAGUGCCCCUUUCCCCAUGGGGAGGGACUGGGCUUCCUCAGGGAAAGAGGAGCCAGGCUGUGGGUCUCGGCUCGGCAGCCACUUCCACCCCAGGAGCCGCAUGAGGAGACAGGGGAGGGUCGGCACCCCCCGCCCCGGGCUCUGAGGCCUCCAGGCAAGAUUAAACUGUGAAAUACGGGAUGCCGUCCCUGUGCCUAAGUGCAAAGGGCCAUCCCACACCUUGUCCGAGCCCUCCCCUGCCCUCUUGACUGCUGGAACCCCCCCAGCCUGGGGGGCAGAGUGCUGGGCAGGCUGUGCCGCCGGCCGAGCCCCGGGGCCUGUGGGCAAAGUAGUGGGGGGUGCAUAGGCAGAGCAGAGCUUCCUACUGCACUACGUUCCUACACAAACCCCCAGAGCCUAGCAUAGAGCUUCUUACAUCUCUUCUCAAAGCACUUUAACUUUGUCAACUAACAAAUACCUAUUUAUUAUCAACGAGCGAUUGCUGCACUUGUCUAAUUUUCUAGUAUAGAUAGCAGGCUCAGAGUAGAGGAAGGAGGGAAGUAAAACUCAAAACAGCUACCAAAAAAAAUAAAAAAAAAACACCGUUCCGAGCUGUGACCAAAGUGAGAACGCGAUCGUUGGAAUAAAGAGUGGACAAGAGCA